CGUGUCUCAUCCUCACUUUCAGGAGGGAUUUGCCACAACAAAGAGGCUAAUGACUGCUCUGCUUGUAUGAACCUUUUGUGCAUUUUUGAUUAUUUUUUGUUUUUUGGCAAAGUAGCGAAAGGUUUGGUUUUGUAAUUGUGAGCUAAGAUUUAUGGGGUUUGAACUCCACAGAAGAAAAAUUAAAGCCAGUUACACAUCUUAAACUGGUCAUUUGGAAUGUAAACAAAAGUUUCAGUUUUGGGGGAGUUGUAAGAAAAGAAUCUUCCCAUCAUGGGUCAGCGCCUGAGCGAGGACAGCGACCCCGACAACGAAAUCGACGUGGCAGAGCUGCAGGAAUGGUAUAAGAAAUUUGUUACCGAAUGCCCGAGUGGAACGUUAUUCAUGCACGAGUUCAAGGGUUUUUUCGGUGUCACUGACAACAAGGAGGCGGCAGAUUACAUCGAGAACAUGUUUCGAGCCUUCGACAAGAACGGCGACAACACCAUAGAUUUUCUGGAGUAUGUGGCAGCUUUGAACUUAGUUCUUAGGGGCAAGUUGGAACAUAAACUUAAGUGGACAUUCAAAAUGUAUGACAAAGAUGGGAGCGGAUGCAUCGACAAAACAGAGCUUCUUGAAAUAGUGGAGUCUAUUUAUCGGCUAAAGAAAGCCUGCCAUGGAGAACUGGAUGAAGAAUGUAAUCUGCUUACCCCAGACCAAGUGGUUGACCGGAUAUUUGAGUUGGUCGAUGAAAAUGGAGAUGGUGAGCUCUCUCUGGAUGAGUUUAUUGAUGGAGCGCGCAGGGACAAGUGGGUGAUGAAGAUGCUGCAGAUGGACGUGAACCCCGGCGACUGGAUCAAUGAGCGAAGACGCAGCUCUAACUCCUAAGACUGGAAAUCUCAUUGCACUCUUAUAAGACCAUGUUGAUUUUGUAAAUAAAUGUGUAUAAAAGCCAUAAAUAAGGGAUGUGCAAAUCUUAGACAUACCUGUUGUUGAUGCUUGAAAAGGGAUUAUGUGUCCAUAGAGGUUACACAUCCGAUGAAGCAAUGAAGAACAGUGUGAUUAAUUUCUGCCUGUUUUAUAAUAGGUUUGUUUUACAGUUAUAAAGCACUCACUGUAUGUUCAACUGAUUGUGUCAUAAAGAUGUUGAAUAAAAAAAAGUUUGAAGUCGA